AAAGCCAAAGAACGGUAGAUGCACCCAGUUGGUAGAUGUCAGCAGAUGCAACAGGGCAGGAUUUGAAAGAUUUCAUGUUGCUCUCGCUACGGAGACACUCAAAAAGGACCCAUCUUUCGGUUAGAAGUGGCCUUGUUCUGUUCUGGGUCGGACAUAGUUUCGAACGAGAAUGAACUGUUUCGAUGCCGUGAGCAGCUGGUGGAGAAGCCAGGGGACGUGGCGAAUGGUCUACCUCCUCUUCCUGGGUCAGCUCGUCUCUUUCGUCAUGGCACUCAUGAGCUUCUCUUCUUCUCUGAUAGCUGAUCUCGGUGUGGAUGCGCCUCUCACUCAGAUGUUCUUUGCUUAUUUAGCUCUGGCUCUGGUUUUUGGAAGCAUCUUGAUUUACAGGCGACGCAGGCUUCUGGUUUCGUGGUACUGGUAUCUACUUUUGGGAAUGAUUGACGUUCAGGGAAAUUAUUUGGUUAACGAGGCAUACCAGUACUCAUCGAUUACUAGUGUGACACUUUUGGAUUGCUGGACAAUAGCGUGGGUCCUAGUCCUGACCUGGGUGUUUAUAGGAACUCGGUAUUCGCUGUUGCAGUUGUUUGGAGCCGCAUUGUGUGUUCUAGGCCUUGGCUUAGUGCUUCUGUCCGACGCUGGAGUGGCAGGAGGAGGUGGUUCAAAACCUCUUUUGGGAGACAUACUUGUUAUUGCCGGGACUGUCUUCUAUGCCUUAAGCAAUGUCGGGGAGGAAUUCUGCGUAAAGAAAAAGGAUCUAGUGGAAGUAGUGUCCAUGAUUGGCCUUUAUGGAACACUAGUCAGUGUAGUUGAGAUAUCCAUAUUUGAAAGGGAGAGCAUUGAAUCCAUCACGUGGUCUACAGAACUUGUACUAGCUUUUGUUGGUUAUACUCUGUCAACCUUUGCAUUCUACUCAGUUGCUCCUACGGUCCUGAAGAUGAGUGGAGCUGCAAUGUUCAAUCUCUCUCUACUCACAUCUGAUAUGUGGGCAGUUGUCGUACGCAUCUUCAUCUAUCAGCAGCAGGUUGACUGGCUAUACUAUCUUGCUUUCGCCAUCGUGGUAGUUGGCUUGGUCAUUUACUCCAACAACGAGAAGGGACCUGAAGUUGUACAUGCCACUGAGGAUGGAAACGUGGCUCAUUAUCAAGUGCUUAGCAAUGGAAGUGCAGUUUCCCCUGAGGAAUCUUCACCCUCGUGAUGCAAGUUGCCACUUCACAUUACAGUCGACUGUCCACAUCCUAGUAGACUCGAUGGGACGGACUUAAUUUUUUACCCCCAACUGGUGCUGCAUCCAGUUGUUUAAUCUAAUUGUGCUUACAGAGAGAGGCUCUGCUUUGGCUUGAUAUGAUCAAAUUCCACUGGGUCACCAAAACCAUGGUAUGGCUACAAUCUAUCUGCGAGGUUCUAGUUCGUCUUGUUGCUGAGCAGAGAAGGCAAAUUUAUACACAUAACAGUCUGAAACAAGAUGCUAGGGCUUCUCUUACACAGAAUGAGCAAAAAUAUUUUGAGCUACAUGGACAAAUUGCUGAAUGCAGAGAACUUUUAUAUAUUUAUUUUGAUUACUCACCCACUUUGAUGUGGCAGUGUUUCCUGCACUAAUUAUGUAUUUGCAUAGCUGGUAAACGUAUGGUUGAUUCCAUCAA